AUGAUAGAUCCCUCUCCCCCCGAGGACGCCGAUCGCCGUUACCAUGGUGAUCCUUGGGUGUUUUAUUUCUUUCUCCGAUCCCCAGACGCAGGCAGAUCUUCGGCCACCCGCAUCACCGCGACCCGGAAAGGACCCCCGACGCCCAAUGACCCGGUGACCAAUAUCUGCCAGGCAGCUGACAAGCAGCUCUUCACGCUGGUGGAGUGGGCGAAGCGUAUCCCACAUUUCUCCGAGCUUCCGCUGGAUGACCAGGUCAUCCUGCUGAGGGCAGGUUGGAAUGAGCUCCUGAUCGCCUCGUUCUCGCACCGAUCGAUAACGGUGAGGGAUGGGAUCCUGCUGGCCACGGGGCUCCACGUGCACCGCAACAGUGCGCACAGUGCUGGUGUUGGAGCCAUCUUCGACAGGGUGCUGACUGAGCUGGUCUCCAAGAUGAGAGACAUGGAGAUGGACAAGACGGAGCUCGGUUGCCUGCGAGCGAUCAUCCUCUUCAACCCUGAUGCCAAGGGGCUGUCAAACCCAGCGGAGGUGGAAAUUCUCCGAGAGAAAGUUUACGCUUCACUGGAGUCUUACUGCAAACAGAAAUACCCAGAGCAGCUCGGCAGGUUUGCCAAGCUCCUCCUGCGCCUCCCGGCCCUGCGCUCCAUUGGACUCAAGUGCCUGGAGCACCUCUUCUUCUUCAAGCUGAUCGGAGACACGCCUAUUGACACCUUCCUCAUGGAAAUGCUGGAGGCACCGCACCAGCUCUCCUGAGUGAGCAAUGACCCCCCACCUCCAUCCAUCUGGAGUGCUAUGAGGACCACCUCCCCCCACGUACCCACCCGGAGCUGGCCAGCACGCCAUUGGAUAGUUUUCGAGAUGGUCUGCUGCAGCAAUGGUGGAGAGAGCCCUGUCAGAGAGAUGGUUUAGGGGGUGGGGGGAGGUGGGGUGUUUGCAGAGAGCGGGGAGUGUGGAUGGUGGGCGCUGAGCUGGCCCAGAGGAUCAUCAACAUGCCCGGUGACGGCGAUCUCUCUGUUCUUGUUAAACUCCUCCCUCCCUUGCUCCUCACUCCUGCCCGGCUCACUCGCUCACUGUCUUCCCUGAGGAUUCCCGGCCCCUCACUGAGUGAAGCCAGUCUGCAGAUGCUGCCUUUAUUUCCUCCAGUCAGGCCUUGCUUAGCUCUCACUGCAGGCUCUGGGAGAUACGUGCGUGUAAGUAUGUGUGUGUGCGUGUACGUGGGUGUGUGUACACGCACGGGGAGAGCACGGAGGGACAUACAGACUGCAGAUUGACCGCAAAACGGCCUGUAUGUUUGAGCGAUGACCGUCGAUCGGACAUAUAGCCUGCAGCUCUCGCUGUGUCUGAUGGCAUCGCUCAGUGAGGCUAGAGCACAUGACCAUGUGGUCAGGAUGGAAUCCAGAGGAAGUGGCUCAGGGUAGGGGAGAGGGCUGAGGUUUCAGCCCAGAACCCUGAGUCGUUCGCUGACAGGAAACAAUAACUAGAAGAAAUUCACAUGACAAAAAGUGAUUGAUAAAGGACGCUGUUUCACAGGCUGGACCAGAUUAAUUGACGAUUAGAAUAUGGUUCUUCACUUUGUAUUUAAACUGUGCUUUACCUGCUCUGGGAGUGUUUGAAAGGGACAAUGGAGAGGAAGCUUUACUCUGUAUCUAACCCCGUAGUAUCCCUGUCCUGGGAGUGUUUGAUGGGGGACAGUGUAGAGGAGGCUUUACUCUAUCUAACCCUGUGCUAUCCCUGUCCUGGGAGUGUUUGAUGGCAUAGUGCAGAGACAGCUUUGCUCUGUAUCUAACCCCAUACUGUCCCUAUCCUGGGAGUGUGUGAUGGGGGACAGUGUAGAGGGAGCUUUACUCUGUGUAUCCAAUCCUGUACUGUACUAGCCCCCAGUGUUGCUGGUUGACUGAACUGAAUGAAAUUCCUUUGCUGAACACUGACGUCCCGUACCUUGUGGGGUUUAUCCAAGCGGCUUUAAGGCAGGGCACGACUGGACAAGGCUAGCUGCCCCAGAGACCCAAGCCAAUGACACAAAAUAGACGCUUUGCAAAGAACUAGGGAGAAAUGGACUGACAUUUUGUCUAUACUUGCUGCUCCAUUGAGCUGUUAUAUCAAGUGCUGUUUGCACAUUUGCAGGUAGCUUUGAUUUAUUGAGGCUCAGACAAUAUUUACAGCAUGUUUUACGAAAUAAUAUCAUUGUGAUGUUUUUGACAUGUAUUUUGCUACCAAACGCAUUAAAAAUGAAUACCAUUGUAACCCA